GCCAGCAGACUUGCAGGACUCAGCCACUACUAUAAAGGAGGAAGGCAGUUUGGAGUCGGAACAAAGUAUAAUAGUCUUUGACCGAGCUGAGAGGCUAGCUAAGGUGCGGUCCCUGUUCUACAGUAUCUACGUCACUUCCAUAGGAUUAAAUUUUUCUAAUGGACGCAAUGAGUCCGGUUUGGGAAACCUAGUCUCUAACUUUGCUCAAAAGACUUCCAAGUAUUUUGAAGCAAUUGGGGUUGGCCAGUGUGAUCCUUUUGAUUUUUGGAUAUGUAAUGAAAGUCUAUGUGUUGAGAGAAAGAAUAAAAAGGGAAUAGCUGGCCACAUAGUAAUAUUGGAAGAACAAAUUGCCUUUGGCCAAACACCUACCACAAUAAUGCUGCAUAAGCAUCACUGUACACAGUGCACACUCCUCAAGAAUGAGGUAUACUGGUUCUCAAAGUUCUCUAGUUGGGAACAUACAGGGCAGGGGCUGUGUAGCAACAGUAUUUGGCAGGAUGGCUCAAACACCAGCAUUUUCAACGCUGACCGGGCAGGUCUCUCCACUAAUAAAUACUUCAUGGGGGAAGUCAUGUCUAUGGCAGCUAAUCUUAGCAAUACUGGUGUAGGACUUUAG